ACAUCCAUGACUUGAGUGGGAUUUGAACCACUCCCAGUGUUCAAGCAGGCAAAGACGAUUCGUGCCGUAGACCGCAUGGCCACUGUCAUCAGCAAGAAAUCAAUGUAUACAUGAUGUAAUGCCUCAUGAUUGUAACUUAGUCUCCAGGCUAUGGAAACAGCUAAUUUUAGUCAAGAAUGGUGUUUGCAGUUAUAUGACCAGGAGCACUGAUUCAAUUAAUUUGGCUCUAAUCUUUUGUAUUUGUAUCCUCUGGGCAAGAUACCUUAUUAAACUUAAUUUUAAAAAAUGUUUAAUGCUUUAUACAGUUAGCUAUAAAAGAAAGAUUCUCCUUUGCAUCAAUUCAAGUAGUAGUCUGUGUUAGAGUUUUUUGUUGUGGAUGGCUAUCUAAGUAACUGGAAAGCAAAGUGCACCCACUCUCUCAUUAAUGACUUCUAACAUCUCUGCAUCAUUUAUCACUUAUUUGCAAACAAAGUACGUGAUAAUGCUUGUAACACGUUCACUAGAAAGAAGCCUCCAUUAAGAGUCCACAUUACUUGUAAAUAUUUGACAUGUAGUGAUGCCAUUGCUGCUUUUAGAAUAUUAUUUCAGACUAUCUGUAAGCAGAAAUGGAAGUGUCACUAUUCUUUAAAUCAGAGUUUUGUUAGUUAUUUAGCUAACGGUGUAUAAACAACCCACUACAGUCUUGGUCAAAUAUUGCUCCUCCAAAAUUUAUUCACUAUGUUAUAUGAAGUGAAGUGUCAGUCUGUAUUAACUCUGUACUGAGAUAAGCUGUGUGAACAGAUAUCUGCUGUUAUCUUCUAUCUACAGGUCCUUGUACUGUGCAUAUAUACCAUUCAAGGAAAAAAAGCAUGGCAUGUGAACCAACAGGACAGGAUCUUUUUUAUGAUGAUAUAAUUGCAUUAAAACAAAGGAAUGAAAUAAUCCUGAUAGAUGUAAGAGAGCCAUCAGAAAUACAAGAGACAGGGAUACUUCCUGGAAGUGUACAUAUACCACUUGGGGAACUGAAAAAUGCACUUCAGGUACUGUCUCCAGCAGAUUUUCUGAAGAAGUAUGGUACUGAUAAACCAAAAUGUGAUGCAAAUCUAGUAUUUUCAUGUCGAUCUGGAAAAAGAAGCAGAAGCGCAAUGGAAACGGCUGUGUCCAUUGGUUUUCUGAAUUCCCGUCACUAUGCUGGUGGAUUCCUUGACUGGCAGAAACAUCAUCCUUCUUAAUUUAGUUGUAUCGUCAGAAUCAACAGCCCAAUAUUACUUCUACUAGUAGCAGAUGUAUGAACAAAUAACAGUCAUUACUGUUGCACCAGAUAAAACAGUAAAUUACCUCAUUAACUCAAUUUUCUGAAUGACAUUUUUGCAUUGUGUAACACUGGAGGAAGAAUGAUAAAAAAAACAGAAAAAUUAUAUUGUGCACUAUGUUGCAAAUAUUGCCUGAUAUUAAGUUUAUUAUGUUUUCAUUUUACAGUCCUUUUCUGUGUUGAAGCUGUAUAAAUAAAAUAUUAUAUGAUGUUAUAAUGACUUA